CUUAAUCGAUGUAACAUGGGCCACUGUUUACCUCCGACGUGCCGUAGCGUACCAGCUGAAUCAGCGCGCUCUGACGCAAUAACUUCCUCUUCCGAACCGAAGCCGGGGACUCUUGCAGUGGAGGGCAAUUCUACAAAGAGAGGGAGAAGGCAUUCCACAUCGGACCUCAAAAUGGAGAGUGAUGCACUACUGGAAAUGAACCAAAUGGAAUUAAGAUCUGGGAGAAACCUUAUAAAAUGUGCAGCUGCUGACUCCAUGGAACUUGCUGGUACCUCUAUCAGUUCAAAAGAAACUAUACAGACUCCAGUGAGGAAAUCUUUUCGUACUAAAAGGAGUAUAGGGAGGGAAAAAGAAAAUGAAGAACCAGGUGCACCCUUUAUCUCAGUAGAAAAUUUCCCAGAUAGAAAAUCAAGCCAAAGAAAAUCGAAUAAAAGGAAGAGCAAAUGGGAGGAAGAAAAUGAAGGAAUGGUUGUAACCAGUCAUUUGGCAGAAAAUGCACAGACUCCAAACAGUAAGUCGAGCCUUACCAAGAAAAGAAGGAAGAGCAUGCAAAUUUUAAAUGAACAACCAGAUACCUCCGUGGUUUCAAAAGAAACUACACAGACUCCAACAAGGAAAUCUGUUCAUAUUAAAAGGAGUACAGAAAAGGAAAAUGAUGAACCAGCUGUAUCCUGUUUCUCAGUUGAAAAUUCUCUGGAUAGAAAAUCAAGCCAAAGAAAAACAAAUAAAAGGAAAAGCAAGUUGGAGGAAGAAAAUGAAGGAAUGGCUAUAACCAGCCCUUUGGCAGAAAAUGUGCAGAUUCCAAACAGUGGAAUGAGCCUGACCAAGAAAAGAAGGAAGAGCAUGCAAAUUGUUAAUGAACAACCAGGUACCCCCACUAUUUCAACAGAAACAACACAAACUCCAACAAGGAAAUCUAUCCAUAUUAAAAGAAGUGUAGGAAAGGAAGAGCAGAAUUACGAACCAGGUACCCCCACUAUUUCAACAGAAACGACACAGACUCCAACAAGGAAAUCUAUCCAUAUUAAAAGAAGUGUAGGAAAGGAAGAGCAGAAUGACGAACCAGAUAUACCGUGUAUCUUGGUUGAAGAUUCUCCUGACGGGAAAUCAGGUAAAAGAAAAACGAAUAAAAGGAGUAGCAAGUUGGAGGAGCAAAAUGAAGGGACGGAGUUAAGUGAUCUUGCGCCACCAUUACAAGAAUGUGGGACUUCUUCUACGCAUAUGACAGAAAAUGUAGAAAAAAAUGAUGAACUUUUAGUGCCAACUACUGAUCAGAAUGAGGAGGAUAUUGCCGAAAUUCUGAACAGUACAUUUGAAGUGGCUGAACAAGAUUCCAUUCUUCAGACACCUGCUCGCAAACGUUCAGUUAGGUUUGCAGCUGCAGUAGAAACAGCAUCUUUUUCUAGCUCUGUGGACAGUACUCCAAAAUUUUCAACUCCAGUUUCAGUGAACAGUAAACAGAGAAGCAGCCACUACAAAGGAACUCCACAUCCUUCAGUCAAGAAACGACCAGCCAGUAUUCUGAAAACUUCAUCCAGUAAAAAGUUUCCUUCAAGUUCGAAGGAUACGUCAUUGAAAGGAAAAGGCUCAGCUCGCAAAAUGCCAGAUUUCAACAGCAUUCAUAAAGCCCAGUUUGAAAAGAUGGAGUCUAUUGUCGACUUCAGUCACAGACGCCAGAAGUGUGUGAGAAAAUUGGAAGAUCAGGCAGUUGAUGGCAACGACAAAGAGAUACAACUAAAGCCAUUUGCAGUUGUCAAGCCAGUGGAGAAAAGGGCACGAAAUGCUGUCAGUCGAAUACCUGUGGCUCCGCAGAACACCAGCAGACAUGGAACACCAAGAGCAUUGUCCAGCAGUCACAUUCCUGUUGCCAGCUUCCAUGUCUUGAAAGAAAAGAAUUUUGAUGCACGUCUCAGUGCACCACAUACAAUCAAUUCAAGGCCCAGUUCUGCAAAAAUGGGAAAUAAUUCUAGACCAAAGCCUUUGAAUAACCUCAAGCCACAGCGAAUAACUUAUGAACAAGCUAAAGCAACAAUACAGAACAAGAAACCUUUGGCAGCUGUUAAAAGAGAGGCUGAAAGACUGGAGAAUCGCAACAUUUUGAAAGGAGUAAGAUUGAACCGCCGAUUUGAAUUACAGAUGCAGCACCGAAAAUUAAAUGUGUAAUUAUUAUUGUAUAUUCUUCAAGUAAUUUUACUCCUGGCAUUUCAGUACUGGGCUUUCAUGUAUGCUUGCCUUUCUGUUCUUUCAUAUAUAUUUGUCUUUGUAUAACAAAUGAUUUUAUCCAUUAAUUGUAAUAAAUUUAACUUUUAUUCAGCUAAUCUUUGGCAGCUUUGUUCAUGCUGGACAUGUAACUUUUUCUGUACGUUAUUUAUUUAAUCUGCAUUCAAACAGUGGAUGUAUAUUAUUUUAUAGAAGUGUAUAAAUAGAUAAAUUAUAUACAGAUAGAAAAUGUAUUCUGUUUAUAGAGUUGUUAAUUUAUGAAUGUUUCUGUAUGUUAACAGUUUUUGUAAAGUGAUAACGGAUUACUGAGUUUUGUUGCAAUUUCACAAUAAU